ACCAUCUUUCAUCGUCUCCUUUGUAACUUUCUUACACGAGAGGAUAGCCAAGCUUCUCUCUCUUUUCAUCUCACACCAAAUAUAUAAUAUAAAGCCCAUUUUAGAUGCAAAUUCUUUUCCUCAUUCAUAUCCUCUCUUCUCUGUUUUGAUACAUAGCUUUCAUUUCUACAUACAUAUAAAUAUAUAAUCUAAUUGAACAAACAGAAACAGUAAUUACUAAUUGGAAAAGCAAUAAAAAAGAAAAGAAAAAAGAGGGCCUCUCGCCCUCUAAUCUUAUUAUGCCUCUUCUCAGAUCUUAGAUUCUCAUCAUUUCCCAUCUGGGUUCUCUUCAUUUGGAAUCAUAGGAUUGAUUGUGGGUCGAUCAGUAAUAGUUUUGUGAAGCCUCUGAUGUUUCUAGAUUGAAUCCUAGGAUACCCAUUCUCAUAUCUAACUAAGAAGACUAUCAUUCCCAGUUUCGUUUGAAUUAUCUUUUAAGGUGCAAUAUUGUUGAUUAAUCCGCGUUACCAGAACUUUCCAUGUGUUAGUCAGUCUAGUCUUUUAAGGCAACAUAUCAAAUACUGUAUUCCUUAGAGAAUCGGAAAAGGAAUGGAAAUGGAACCUGGCAAGCUCUUUGUUGGUGGUAUAUCUUGGGACACAAAUGAAGACCGUCUCAGAGAGUAUUUCCAGGCUUUUGGAGACGUAGUUGAAGCGGUGAUUAUGAAGGAUCGAGCUACCGGCCGUGCUCGUGGAUUUGGUUUUAUUGUUUUUGCCGACCCUGCUGUUGCAGAGAAAGUUGUUGUAGAGAAACACGUGAUAGAUGGUAGAAUUGUUGAAGCAAAAAAGGCAGUUCCUAGGGAUGAUCAGAACAUCCUGAACAGAAGUAACAGCAGCAUUCAUGGGUCACCUGGACCUACUCGUACAAAAAAGAUAUUUGUAGGAGGUUUAGCAUCGACAGUAACUGAAAGUGACUUUAAGAAGUAUUUUGAUCAGUUUGGGAUAAUUACAGAUGUUGUAGUGAUGUAUGACCAUAACACACAGAGGCCUAGAGGAUUUGGUUUCAUUACUUAUGAUUCAGAGGAUGCAGUAGAUAAAGUGUUGUACAAAACCUUCCACGAACUUAAUGGCAAGAUGGUUGAGGUUAAGCGAGCUGUCCCAAAGGAGUUAUCCCCAGGACCAAUUCGGGGCCAGUUAGGUGGUUUUAGCCAGGGUGGUAUUGGUAGAGUUAGUAGCUUGCUUAAUGGAUACUCUCAGGGGUAUAAUCUCAACUCAGUUGGAGGGUAUGGUAGAUUUAGUCCAGUUACUGUUGGUCGGAGUGGAUUUUCACCAUUCAAUAAUGGUUAUGCAAUGGGAAUGAAUCUUGAGACAGGGUUGAAUCCAAGCUAUGGAAUUAAUGCAAACCAUGGCUCUAACCUCAACUAUGGACGGGUAUUGAGCCCCUCAUAUGGUGGAACCCCAAACCGAUACAGUAGCGCCGCUGGUUAUGGUGGGGUCAAUGAAGGAAGUAGCUCUAUUCUAAGCACAACAAGUCGGAAUUUGUGGGGCAAUGGCAAUCUCAACUAUGCUGCAAACUCAAAUUCAAAUGCUUUUCUAGGUUCUGGUGGUGGGAACACAGGAGUUAACUCUUUUGGCAGCAUUGGACCACUUUGGGGCUCCUCACCUAAUGCAAACCAAGGUGGAGGUGCUGGUUCAACCUAUAGUACUAGCAAUCUCAGUUAUGGUGGGAGAGAUGCCGGUUUUGUUGGGUCUGGAAGUUUAGGCUUUGGAAGAAAUGCAAAUGUAGCAGCAGCAUCAUCAUAUGCCACAAAUGGUGGUUAUGAUGGCACUCAUGCAGACAUAUAUGAUGGUGGCUCACUUUAUGGGGAUGCCACUUGGAGAUCCUCACCAUCAGAGCUAGAAGGGUCUGGCUCGUUUGGAUUUGGACUAGGAAAUGGAUCUUCAGAUGUCAUGAGUAAAAAUUCUGGUUAUAUUGGGGGUUAUGGUGUUACCAAUAGACAAUCUGCAAGAGGAAUUGCUACCUAGGAAGUUUAUGGAAUGAUUGGUUAGAAGUUUUUGUAGAUGAAGUGUCUUUUGUAAGCAGGUGGAGAGCUGCUUAGUUUAUACUAAAACAUGAUUAGAGCUAAUUAAUUCACCUGUUUCAGAGAUUACAGAGAGAAAUUUACUUAAGGGAUUUCUCUGAAGAUUUGAGAUUGAGUUUGAUAUGAGGUGUUCGUCUCUUGGGAUUUCGUUUGAGAUGAUGUAUAAUCAGAUUGCGGAGUAUACACAGAACAGAAUUUUUUGUAUCAUGUGUCUCUGGUUAGAGAGAUCCAUACACAUAAAAGGGAAGUUGUUUUAUUUCUUUCUUCUUUUUCCAUAUUUCUCUGCUGUAACAUUCAGCAAAUUUGUUUGUUCUUGUCAGUCAGUCAGUCAGUCAGUCAGGUAUGUUAUUUUUUUUCUUCUUAAUUUUGUUCUUCCUGUCUUUUGGGGCAGAUUUUAUGAAAUGUAAUGUCUGAGUGUGGAGUUUUUUCAAUAUUAUACCUAAAAUUGAUUUUAUUUACAAAAA